GAGACGUGCACUGAUGAAAUCGUUUGAAGAUGCACCGUGUAAAAGUCUAUAAAAGCUUCCGACGGUUAUGUACAAGAACAAAAAGUGCGUUCGAUUUGGAUGCUGUUACGAAGGAUUUCGCGAAGAUUACUGAAUGGGCUGCUGCCAACUAUGCAAAUUCUGGUAAAACGUUUCGUAUGGUCUUACCGCCACCAAAUGUUACGGGGAAGUUGCAUCUCGGUCACGCAAUGACUGUAACAAUAGAGGAUACGUUGUGUAGACAUCACCGGAUAAAAGGAGGCGUAGCCCAUUGGAUUCCUGGAUUUGAUCAUGCGGGCAUUGCUACGCAGUCUGUUGUUGAACGAGAACUUUGGAAAGAGAAGGGUCUUCGACGAGACCAAUUGAACAGGGAAGACUUCAUGAAACUGUGUAUACAGUGGAGUGAAAAAAAUUCCUUAGCUAUGCGGAACCAGUUGGAUAUGCUGGGCGCUACACUUGAUUGGAAAAACUCCUAUUACACAUUAGACGAGAAAUUUUCUGCCGCCGUGACCAAGGCAUUCGUUACCUUGUAUAAUGAAGGCUUGAUUUAUCGCGAUAAGAAAGUAGUGAAUUGGUGUCCGUAUUUGCGAAGCUCACUUUCGGACCAGGAAGUUGAUCGUCUUGAAGUGCUGUCGUCUUCUAAAAUAUCUGUACCUUCACCUGAGGGAGGGAAGCGAGAUGUAGAAGUAGGAACCAUGUAUCGCAUUAGGUAUCCUUUGGACGGCGGCGACAGUUCUCUCGAAGUGGGUACGACUCGCCCAGAAACCGUCUACGCAGAUGUUGCCCUGGCGGUAAACCCUGCAGACGAACGGUAUUCUCGUUUCGUAGGAAAACUUGUGUGCCAUCCGCUUCUUCCUCAUCGAAAACUCCCUAUAGUCGCUGAUAGCAGUGUUCAGAUCGACAAGGGAACAGGUGUACUGAAGAUUACUCCCUCGCACGACAGUCUUGACUAUGAAAUAGCAUCCCGCCAUUGGGAAGAGAUCCUCGCUGUAGAUUCUACGGCUCAUGCGAGAAGUUGCAUAGAAGAAAACGGAAGGCUGAGUCCCGAAGCUUCUGAAUUUGCUGGUUUGGACCGCUUCAAUGCUCGCGUCAAGAUUAUCGAAAAACUGAGCUCGCUUGGUUUGUACGUGGGCACGAUGAAACACGCUGGUCAGAUCUCCAUAUGUAGCCGCACUGGUGACAUUGUGGAACCUCGCCUCGCGGAACAGUGGUUCAUGAAUACCGCGGAUCUUUACGAAAAAGCCGAACAAGCCGUGAGAGAAGGCAAGAUUAGAAUAACUCCAAAGUCACAAGAGCAAAAGUUAUUUGAUUGGUUUGCAAACAGGGAUCCUUGGUGCCUUAGCCGCCAGCUUGUGUGGGGACAUAGAAUCCCUGCUUAUAAAGCGGUUAGUUCGUCGUGGUUUAUUGCAAAUUCACUGGAUGAUGCACGUAAACACUUUGGGGAUAAUGCUGUAAUCACGCAAGAUCAAGACGUGCUGGACACUUGGUUUAGUUCGUCAUUAAUACCCCUUGUGGCUGCAGGAUGGCCAAAUCCUGAUUUCAAUCCAUCAGCACCUCUUCUCGACGUUAUGGAGACCGGCUGGGAUAUCCUCGGAUUCUGGGUAGCCAGGAUGAUCAUAAUGACAAUGAGUCUUUCUGGUGGGCAAGUGCCAUUUUCUCAUGUGUUGUUGCAUGGCCUGAUUCGCGAUUCAUCUGGAAGGAAAAUGAGUAAAUCUUUUGGUAAUGUCAUAGAUCCUCUUGACGUGAUUGUUGGAAUAUCUCAAGAAAAGAUGAUUGAAAGGAUUAGAGAAAGUGCACUAUCCCAGGAGGAAAUUGCCACAGCUACAUCUGACAUAUCAUCCCGUUAUCCACAAGGUAUCCCUCGUUCUGGCACGGAUGCGCUUCGUUUUGCUUUGCUUAGACAUGACUUACUAGCAUCGGAUGUUCCACUUAACAUAGCUGACUUCGCCGAUGAGGGUCUUCGUUUUUGUAAUAAAUUAUGGAAUAUGGUCGCCUACCUAGAAAGGGUUGCCGAGAAUUCUCCCACACUGAAAGAUGUUGACUCUGAUAAUGCAGCGGAUGAGUGGAUUCUUUCGCGAUUGGCUGGGACAUUACUUCAAGUAGACAACCACAUGUCGGAUCGCGCUCCUCACCUUGCUUUUGCUGUCCUUCACAAUUUCAUUCUAUCAUCUCUAUGUGACGUUUAUCUGGAGACUACAAAACGUGCCUUGUGGAACGGUGACUUAAGGAGAAUUUCCGAAAUUCGCACAAUACUAGUCCGAGUUGCUCAGCCUACGCUUGUACAACUCUCUGUUUUCAUGCCCUUUGUGGCGCAGCAUCUGUAUGAGAAGGCUUUUGGGAGGGAACCAGGCUCGAUAUACUUCGAUUUCGUCAAGCCAUCAUUCUUCCAAAUCUAUCGAAAUGAGGAGCUCGAAUCUGACAUGGAUAUGGUUCUGCGAAUCGUUAAGGUUAUACGAUCUCUUAGAUCUCAGUUGCAACUACCAUCAUCUAUGGCUUUCACUGGCGUACUCCAAUCUGAAGAUCUCUCCGCAAACUUCACAAGUCUUCUACCUACUCUCAGUGAUCUCUCAAACCUUGAAAUUCGGGAAGUAGUUCCUGCUGGUCAUACCCCUGAAGGAUUUUUGGCUUGUCCUGUGCCGGGAAGCAACGCCCGUAUAUUUUUGAAGAUUCAGGAUUCAAAUCGAGCCGAGUUCGUUAGUCGCUUAGAAAGGCUUCUGAAGAAAUCGAAAGAACGAAGUGAGCAGUUUUUCGGCAAGGCGGAAAAAUAUGAAGCCAUAGUUGCCAAGGAGAGAAAUGGCGGAAAGGUAAAGCCUCAUGUAAUUGAGAAAAACGAGAGGAAGGCACGUCAAGCUCGUAAUGUUGCUACCAGUGCAGAAGAAGAAGCAAAACGCCUUCAGCAACUGCUCGAGGAAAUGCGGUCAUGAGAAGGGGAUAAUCUUUGAAAAGUGAUUGUUUUUCACACGGGUUUUUUGAAUUACAUUAUCUAGUAUAGUGUAGGAUUGCAUGUACGCUGCGUAAUGCGAUGUAAAUCGUGCAUAAUUCAGGUUGUUUGUUAUGCUGUUUCUAGCGGACACGGAGUCCGGAUCAGUAACUUUUGAUGACUGUAAGAUGAGAC